AUGAAGUAUAAUCCGCACGCUAGCGUCUCCAUAUCUCAGGAUGACGAUUCUACUUGCCUCCGCAUUGGUGCCGCCAUGUUCGAUAUCACCGGACCUGCUGCUGAAGCUGGUAUGUUCGGCUAUGCCAAGGUAGGUCAACUUACAUCAGGUAUUCACAUGCGGCUACGUGCUCGUGCUUUCGCGUUUUAUGACCCGAACACUCAACAACAUUGCGUUUUCGUAUGCGCUGAGCUGGGUAUGGUAUCCGAGUGGGUCACACAAAUGGUCGUGAUUCGUCUUGAGACACACCCAGAGCUUCCUAAUGGCGCCUACAAUCGCAAGAAUGUCAUGAUCUCUGCUACUCACACGCAUUGUUCACCUGGUGGGCUGUCGCACUACUUCAUUUACAGUGUUCACCCACCCCUACACGGUGCAGACCGACAGAACUUUGAGUGUGUCGUCUCUGGAAUUGUUGAAGCAAUUGUAAGAGCCCAUAGAAAUCUUCAGCCGGCUGUAAUUCGUGUCGCGACGGGUCUUUGCCUUGGUGCGUCAGUGAAUCGAUCUGCUGACGCCUACAUGGCCAAUCCAGAACACGAGCGAGCUCACUAUGAGUACGAUACAGACAAGACCAUGACGCUCUGGAGAUUUGAUGGGUUGGACGGAUAUCCUAUUGGUAUGAUUAACUGGUUUGCCGUACAUCCAACAAGCAUGGGCAAUUGGUAUACACUCAUUACGGGAGAUAAUAAAGGCUAUGCAGCGUAUGAGUUUGAGCGAGAACAAGGCACAAAACACUUGAUGGAUCGCCCACGAGCCUUUGUUGCAGCAUUUGCGCAGAGUAAUGAAGGAGAUGUGAGUCCCAAUAUAAGUGGACCGAGACAUCUGUGCGCUCAAAACUUGGACUUUGAACGCAUGGUUACUGUCGCUAACGCUCAGCUCAAAACUGCAAGAGAAUUGUAUGCGAAGGCGUUGACGAAUACGCCCAUCAGUGGAAACGUCAGAUUCGUGCAUCAGUACGUAGACUACUGUAACAUUUCACUGCUGAAGCGAUGGCAGUUGCACGCCGAGUGCCCAACUUCUACAUCGUCAGGAUGUAUUGGAGUAUCGAUGGUCAGCGGCACUGAAUUCGAUGGCCGAGGUGUGCCGGUAGUGCCUGAAGGAGUUCGAUGGGGCACGUAUCCAAAAGUUACUACGCUACCUGAACUCCAAUCAUUGCAAAAGGAGAAACCAAUUAUUUUUCCAACCGCGCGCUACGGAAUGUCCCCUCAAGUACUGCCACUUCAAUUAUUCUCUUUUGCUGAGUGCUUGCAUAUCGCAGCCGUUCCGUUUGAAUUAACAACAAUGGCUGGUAGACGUCUUCGAGCGUCACUACAAGCCUCGCUGAAAUUUUUUUUACCGGAAGACAAGUUUAUUCAUGAACCCGUGAUUUCUGGCCUAACGAAUGCGUACUGUGGUUACGUGACCACGAGGGAAGAAUACGCUGUGCAACGUUACGAAGGAGCGUCAACACAUUUUGGGCCAAAUCAAUUGGUAGCAACGUGCCAACAAUUUGAGAUCCUGACUGAGGCUCUGUAUAAUAAAACAAUGCCGACGCAUAAAUUGCUGCCUAAUGUUGUCGUUUCACCUCCAAUCAUCAAAGGAAUGGGGUUGCUAGAUUAUAACACCCCAGUCAUUCACGAUGGUGUAGCGUCCGGCGCUUCAUUUGGUAGCGUGGUGGCAGGUGGUGAUGCGUUAUCUGAGUAUAGACGGGGACAAAUGGUCCAAGUACGCUUUCACGCUGCUCACCCAAAAAAUAAUUUGCGAACGCAAGGCACAUUUUUGGAGGUACAACGAUGGAUGGCUGAUAGUAGUCGUAACGCAGGUGGGGUAUGGGUAAUCUACCUAGACGAUGGUGAUAUCAACACAACAUUCAGCUGGGAGCGCCAUGGAACGUUUCGCUCAGAAGUUGCAAUUGAGUGGCGUAUACCGGAAUGCACACCGGUAGGCAAAUAUCGUAUUAAAAUUAAUGGUGAUUAUAAGCACUUUGUAUGGAGAACUGUCACUUCCUAUACCGGGGUGUCGUCUGCAUUCCAAGUCGUUGGCCCUACAGCUACUACAUGCGCAUGA